AGGCCUGAAGGCCUGAACGUUGCUCCUGCAGCUGUAAGAGAUGCUUCGUCCUGAGUGCGCCUUCCUCUUGAAAAGCUGUGUGCUCUCUGCUCCUUUCCUACCAAACCAUUCAAGGGCAGUGCUGCGUCCUAAGGCUCAGGCCCACAGGCCAACAAGAGAAAGAAAAGAAAAGCCCACAUAUACUAGCACACGUAUCUCCUAGACUCCGUGUGUGUGUGUCUGUGUAAAGAACGCUGUUUCCUAAGGAAGCGUAUAUUGGUAGAAGGCUUGUGUGAACAGGCAGCAAAGCCCGCAGGGAGAAAGAUUCAAGCAGAAGCGGAAGCACAUGCGAACAAAAAGCCAGCUGUAGUCCGGGGGUAUCAGGUGCGACAGAGCUCAUUUAUGUCCCUCUAUGUCAGCAAGUGCCUGUGCAAAACAGGGCGGUGGUGAGGCAAACGGCAUCCUAGAGUCGCGGGGCUGCAUCGUGAAUGGACCGUUCCCUACCAUCACCUCUGCUCCAGCCUCUCAUCUCUGAAUCUGAGCCAUCUAUACCUGCGUGUCCCCUUCCGUCCGUCCGUCCGUCCGUCCGCCGGCUCUUAUCGGAGCAGCGGCAGGAAGAAAACAACACGCAAGCUCUCCUGGUGCAAGACACACACUGUCCCCUAGAUGGCGCAGCCAACACACCAUCGACCGUCUCCGCGGCGAACUUCGCCACAAGCCGAAACAACACAACGCGGCUCGAACAUCGCGAUUGCGCCUGCGCCUUCCGAGACGCCCGGGUUGUUUGGGCGGAAAUCCUUCGUCGUCGUAGGAGCACCGCACGCUGUUCUACGAAGUCAGCUGACUUUUGUAUCUGUGGCAGAGCCGGCUGGUCACGUGAUCAGAGAAAGGCGAGCCAGUCAGAUGACCUGCCCCGGGAAGAGGCCAAGAUGGAAAGCCGGUGAAAGGGAAAAGGAGGAGAGAUAUCAGUGGCUGUCACCAUGUCCACCAGGAGGUUGUGCAGUGAGGACUACAAUGACUACAGCUCAACAGAGGUGACUCCUGAUGGCAGCCCCCCAGACGGCCCGAGCAACUUCUCCAGCCCUUCAUCGUACCAACGGUUUGGCGAAGCAAAUGGGACAACAUGGCUCCAAACCUUAAUACACCUGUUGAAAGGGAACAUUGGGACAGGCAUGUUGGGUCUCCCAUUAGCCAUCAGAAAUGCUGGCAUUGUGAUGGGCCCUGUCAGCUUGGUUGUGAUUGGGAUCAUCGCAGUGCACUGCAUGGACAUCCUGGUGAAGUGCGCCCACCACUUCUGCAACAAACAUCAGAAACCGUUUCUGGAUUAUGGGGAUGCUGUGAAGCAUGGGCUGGAAGCCAGCCCCAGUGCAUGGCUUAGGGAUCACUCCCUCUGGGGCAGGUACCUAGUGGGUUUUUUUUUAAUCCUUACUCAGCUGGGAUUCUGCUGUGUGUAUUUUGUAUUCCUGGCUGACAAUCUAAAACAGGUGAUAUCUGCUGCCAAUGGCACAACCAACGACUGCAGCGCCAAUGAAACAGCGAUCAUGGCUCCAACCAUGAGUUCCCAGUUAUACAUCCUGUCCUUGUUGCCAUUCGUGGUACUGCUUGUCUUCAUCCAGAAUCUCAAGAUACUCUCCAUCUUCUCCAUGCUGGCCAACAUUCUCAUGCUUUGCAGCCUGAUAAUGAUAUUCCAGUAUAUUGUCAGGGACAUUCCAGACCCUUCCCACCUGCCUAUGGUGGCUCCAUGGAAGACAUUUCCUCUGUUUUUUGGCACAGCUAUCUUUGCUUUUGAAGGCAUUGGAGUGGUGCUUCCUCUCGAAAACAAGAUGAAGAACCCUCAGCACUUCCCCAUCAUCCUCUAUGUGGGAAUGGGAAUUGUCAGCAUCCUCUACCUCAGCCUGGGAGCAUUGGGAUACUUGCGCUUUGGAGCCAAAAUCCAGCCCAGUAUAACUCUCAAUCUGCCCAACUGUUGGUUGUAUCAGUCUGUCAAACUGCUAUACUCCAUUGGGAUCUUCUUCACUUACGCACUGCAAUUCUACGUCCCUGCGGAAAUAAUAAUUCCAAUGGCCACCUCUCGAGUCUCUGAACGCUGGGCAUUUUGGGUCAAUUUGCUGCUGAGGGUGUUACUGGUUGGCUUAACAUGUGUGCUAGCAAUCCUGAUUCCUCGACUGGACAUUGUCAUCUCUCUGGUGGGCUCAGUUAGCAGCAGCGCCUUAGCCCUGAUCAUCCCACCUCUCUUGGAGAUCACCACCUACUACUCAGAAGGAAUGCACCCACUCACCAUCGUCAAAGACAUCUUCAUCAGUUUCAUAGGUUGUGCCGGAUUUGUGGUGGGGACCUAUGAGUCUCUCUUGGAACUCAUUGUCCCAACUGUUUCCAAUUCCACCAGUGCCUUUCAGUGACACUUGGAUCUGUUACUACUUGAUUGCCACAGAAUCCUUGGGCAGUCUGGCUGGAUCCUGGAUUCCCUUGGAGCAACGGCAGAGACUGAUUGUUCCUUCUGGGUUCCCAAGCAUAUUUAUUUUGCAGAUGCAAGGGUGAGGCUGCAGUGGGAAAUGAUAGGGCUGGGUUCUUUACGUGUGCUUCUUUGGGCCCAAACAUGGGGUCGAUCUGAACGGUUAUCGCAGUGUGAGGACUGGCCUUUGGCUGGAUGGGAAUGCUAUGUCUUCUCAACUGUAGUCACAGCCUGAUUGGAAAAAUGUUGAACAGCUGGCAAGGAUCUUGGCUUAAAUUACACAUGACAACCUUCUGGAUCCCGAGCAGUGAAUGUGUGGAGAACUGGGUAUCCUAAUACUACUCAAAGGCCAUUCUUUGGACAUUGCUUGAGAAUCAGGUUGCUAACCUGGCACAACCACUGCUGUCUGGAGAUCUGAAGCACUUCUGUUUGACAGCUUAAAGGCUGCAUCAGGCUCAAAAUGUAGAGCUGAGCUCUGCUGUAGAAUUCUCCAUGUUGAAUAUUUAUUAGUGAUCAUGACAUGUGACUUGGGAAUCGCAGCAAGCACAGAAUAGGUGAGAAGCAAAUGCAAGUCUUUCAGCAGUUUCUUUUAAUGGAUGUUAUAUAUUAGGAUCCCCUUCCUUGCUUUCUGCUACAUUCCUUUUCUGCCUUUCUGUGCAUAUUGUUAAUAACAACAGCCAUAAACAAGCUCAGGCAACAAAGACGCAUGCCAUCAGCUGCAUCUCGCUUCACUGCAUAUCAGCUAGACUCUGGCAAAAGGUGGUGCGAGGGAGAUGUGUGUCGCGAAGUCCGGCACUUUCUCGGUUGGACCUCAUGGCAGAGUUGCUAUCAAGCACAAUGGGAGAAUGGUAGUGUGAGAAUUUAGCAUGGAUGUGGAAACUGUUGUAUAGACAAGUGAUUUUAUUUAUAGAUGUACAGUUGUGCAGCGGGCAGUCAGCCAUAAGAAAUAAGCCAUCUUUUCUCUCUCUGUCUUUUUUUUUUUUUUUGCAGUUGAAAUUACAAUUUAUUUAGCAAAUUUUAAAGCAACAGGCUGCAAUAACCAGAGAAAAGGUAUAGAAAUCAAAAUGACUGAUGCUGUGCUGUGUUAUGAUCCAAUGGGAAUUUAACUUAUAUGUGAACAGGAAUGUUUUACACAAAUAAGCUCACACAUGUGAGAAAAAAUGCAAGGGCACCCAGCCAGUGUAAAGAUUUCUGUCUCACUUCUGGCUCAUGCACAUAUACUGGGAACGCCCAUGCCCUUUACUGUGUGUGCAUCUAUAAAAAAUAAUGCAAUUUUCACAGAUGAUGUGUAUGUUUGUAUGUCCAACUAUGUUGGAUGGAUAAAAUGUCAUGGAAGAGACCCAGGAAAGCUAGCCAAUCAAACUUAAUAAGGCGUUUGAAAAUGCCCAUGAAGAUCCUUGCUGUUUAAAAAACCUUGUACUUUUCCUGUGUACUUUUCUGCUGAUACAGGACAUGGCUUGUAUCCAAUGCUUCCAGUCUGCCAUCAGAAUGGAAGUUACUGGCAGAAUGGAUCCUUCCUUUCCCAGGUGUCCUGAGAUGUGGGCUGCAGGGGUGGGGAACCCUCUGAAGUAUGCAGGGGAAGGACAGCAAGCAGAAACUCCACUGCACGAGCGGAUGCUCAUUAUGUGUCACUGGGCAGAGCCCUGAGAAGUGACAUUGCGCUCAUAAGCAUCCUGGGAUUAAAAGCACAGUGGAAUGUGCCAGGUUGCUUUGACCAAGGCCUAACUUAUUUUGUCUAAAUAUAGUCCUCUGCAUGUGCUAAUUACCAAACCUCAAGGCAACAUGUACAUUGCAACACUAAGAAUGUCUACUCAGAAGUAACUUCCACAGAGUUCCACAGAGCUUGUUUCCAAGUAUGUUUGCAUUGGAUCAUAGCCCAAAUACUUUAAUGAAGCCUAUGUUUAUAGUGCAAAUAAACUGAGGUUAUUUAAGCUUUGCUUGUAAGGAUAUUUUAAUUUGUUGCAUGGCAUUAAUUAAUCCAUAUUAUAAUUUCCUAUUUUAAAUGGGCAGAUUGCAUUUUGAUACCUGGUGCAUUUUUAGUAACCUGGCAGCUGAGGGUUCUACCUAUUGGCUGCACAUUUAACUGGGAGUAGCACUAUUGAAUUCAUUGGGAUUUACUUCUGAGUCAGCAUACAUGGGAUUGCAUUGUUAAUGUCUCAGUUAAACGAAUGAAGGUACGAUAUACAUAGUGUAGCUAGAGAUACAUUUUUAAGAGCACUCAAGCAAUGUGGUUCCCUUCAUAAUAGGUGUAAAAGUGAAUGUUUUUUUAAUGAUUUAUUCUGGUUUUAAAUAUGUAAUUAUUUUUCCUUAUCUACUUCUUUCCACUUUUUAACACUGUUGAUACCAGUGUCAGAGAAAUGCUGGUUAGCUUCUUAGCUCUCUUAAAAAACUUCAAAAGAAUCCUUUCUCCUGAAGUGUGCCUCAGGUUUACAUGGGAAACAUAUUUCUCUGCUCUUCCUACAUGGUGAAGGAAGCAAGAGGCUUCAGGUACAUGAGAAAGUAAAUACAGUAAUUUUACUUCCUCAAGCUACUCAAUGCUGAAACACUAUUUGAAAUUACUUGAGUUUUGCCCAGAGAGUUCAGAUCACCUGAGAUAUGGCCACUUAACAGAGCACUGCUAUAUUAGUAGGUUGCUAUUUAGGUCCUCUGGUGCUUGCACAAGAUUUGAAGAUUACAAUUGAUAGAAUACUUGUACAGCUUUAAGUAAAAAUUAGCAUGUUGUUGUUGUUCAGUUGCAAAGUUGUGCCUGACUCUUCACAACCCCAUGGACAACAUUCCCCCAGGUUCUCCUGUCCUACACCUAACCCUACACCCACCUUUGCCGUGACCCCAUCCAGCCACCUCACCUCUACCAUCCCCUUCUCCUUCAAUUGCCUUCAGUCCUCCCCAGCAAUCCUCAAUCCUCUCAUUCGGUGGCCAAAGUAUUUGAGUUUCAGCUUUAGUGCCUGACGUUCUAAAGAGCA